UUUGCAUCACUGGACGUCGUUAAUGUUUGCUAACGUCGCGCCAACAGCACGCGAAUACGUGUGAAAAACGUUUAUUUAUUAGAAGUAAUCGUAUCUCAUUCGAAUAUGGUUUACAAAAAGAGAGCAAAGAAGCCGCUCGAUGAUGAGGAGAACAAUGAUAUAGAUGAUAUCAAAGACAUCGAUAUGAAUGCUGUAACAGACUCAGAAGAAGAAUAUACAGAAACUGAGAAAAAACUGCUAGAGAAAGUACGAAAACAAUGCAUUAUCGAAAAUUAUGAUAGCGAUGACGAAGUUUACGGAUUACAAGAUGAUAGCGAGGAGGAAGAGCAAGAAGACGAUCAACAAGAUUCAAUGGAAUUUGAUAUUGAGGGAUUGAAAGAGGAAGAUUAUGAUAUGCCGAAUGAUAGAGCUUGGGGCAACAGGGCAAAAACUUUUUAUUCAUCGGAUUUCAAAUAUACUGAUUAUGCAUCUGCGCCACAAAAGGAUUUAAUCAAUGCGGACAUGGAAGAGGAUGAAGGAAAAAAACUCCAUAUGAGAUCGAUGGAAGAGCAUUUAGCAUUCGAGGGUUCAAAUUUAAUUGGAAUUGUACAAACUAUGGAAGAUUGCAAAGAAGAUCAAGAGGACAAUGAGCAAGUAUCCGAUGAAAAAUCUUUCAUGUUUAUAGUCGAUGUUUUUAAAGAUUGUAUGACAGAGAUAAAUGAUAUUCUAGCUCCUUUUCUUAAAUUGGUUGAAAAUGGAACAUGUCCUGAUUGUGACGCAGCAACUUUUGUCAGAACUAAAUAUCACAUUCUAUUGAAUUACUGUAUCAAUGUUUCUUUUUGCUUGAUAUUGAAAGUCAAAGGAUUGCCAGUAAAAUCACAUCCAGUCGUAAAGCGUUUAGCACAGUACCGUCAAUUACUCGAUCAAUUGCAAUCAAAGCAAGGAAAUUUGUUGGAGCAAGUAACAGAGAUACUGAAAGCAGUUAAGGAGGACAAACCUCUUUAUAGCAUAUCGAAUGGUUCUCAGAUACAAACUCAUAAGAAGAUUCUAGGACUUGGCAAUAUAAAUAAAAAAUUAAAACGUCUGAAAGAGACAGAAAAACAAGACAAGCAAGAACAAUUAUCAUCCGAUACUACAGAUGAAGAAGCAAGUAUGGAUGAAGCAGAUCUAUAUAAUGAUGAAACUGCAGAUAGUAAAGAUGAUAUCCUAGAUACUACGAAUGAAGAGAAAGGAAAGAGAGCGAUAACAUAUCAAAUAGCAAAGAACAGAGGUCUUACCCCUUAUCGUAAAAAAGAACUACGCAAUCCUCGUGUAAAGCAUAGAAAUAAGUAUCGUAAAGCCAAGAUUCGCAGGAAGGGCGCGGUAAGAGAAGUGAGAAAGGAGUUGACACGAUACGAAGGAGAAAUUUCAGGUAUCAAGGCGGGUGUUAAGAAAGGCAUUAAAUUGAAAUAAAAGAAGUUUAAUUUUGUACAAUAUUGA